CCAGCAGGUGUACUGAGCAUUCAGCCUUCAUACCAUGAUGAUGAAUGGUGGGAGAAUGCAAAGAAUACCUAUUAUAAACAAACUCUCCGGGCCAGUGUGAUAAUGCUUGGUGGAGCAGCCAUACCUGCAGUAGGACUGGUGUCACUCACAGGUUGAUCCUGGAGCUCUACAUUGCGGUAUAAUCGAAGUCCCUAAAGGCUUCCGCAAUCUCCUUUUCCAUGGCCAAGGAACCCUCGGAGGGAGGAGUUAGAACUAGAUGUUGAUCUUUAUCCUCGGAAAGUCUAACAUCCUCAGGUAGCUCUUUAAGCAGCCGCCAGCAACGUACUCCAUCAGAAAGAAUAGAUGGUAUUCUGACUGGAACGUGGCGUGGAUAUCCACAACGAAAGGGUGGUCAGCAACGGCGAAAGCAACCCGUUUCUCUAGCAAGAUCCUGAAUAUUAAAAGCAUUCAUUGUCAGAAAAGGGACAUGGAUUUUCAGGGCAUAGGAUCUUUUGGUUGCCGCGUGUUCAACAAGGAGAACCUGGAAUAAGAGAGUAUCUCAGGAAAUGCAGGAAGAUACAUGCAGAACAUCCAUACCCCUUUCAGAGAGCUGCAAGAAUCGAUCCAUACUUGCCCCAGCAUUGCAAGGUUGCAUCUUACUGUGGGUCCUUUGUCACUGCCAGUGGACAUCCUUCUGCUGCAUCAGGUGGAGUUGGGCUGAUGUUUUCUUCAUCCACAGAUAUCUCACUAUAAGGAAAAGUCUCUAAUCGUCAGGCAUGAAGCGACAGCUUGAUAUUUCCAUCUGCCUUACCUCAGAAUGCCGGUGCCGACGCAAGAUGUUAGAAUGUCCGGCACCCAUCUUGACGCUCCUGUAUGAGAAAAAAAAGGUUGGUGUAAGUGGCUGCUUCAGUGGAGAUAAAGAAUACAACUGUUUGUAGCUGCUGGUAAACUACAAGCUCAAGACAAGCACCUCUCUGUAACCUCACUGCUACCCAUCUGAGCAGAAAGUCACAUUUUCCCCAUAAUCCUCGGCGAUAAAGAAGACGAUUAAUCAAGAACUGAGUCUGACGUCUAGAAAUAAACAGCAACCGUCCAAUUUAAUUUUUUGGGUAUCUUGAUGCAGAAAGUCAUAUUUUCCCAAUAAUCCUCGGCGACAAAGAAGACGAUUAAUCAAGAACUGAGACUGACGUCUAGAAAUAAACAGCAACCAUCCAAUUUCAUUUUUCGGUUUCUUGAUGCAGUGGUGGAAGGGAUGGCCUUGUUGGACCUUGGAGUGUCCCCUUACUCAGGAGAUGUCUUUCAUGAGACGCCGCUCAUUGUAUAUCUUUUCCAUUUCCUUGUAGACUAUGCAGAGAUAGUAUUCAUGAUAACGGAUGCCCUCACUGCUGUAACCCUGUACCUUGCUGUUCAGGAGUACAACAAAUUAAUGUUUAAGAAGCAAAAGCUUUUUUUGGAGCUGAAAAAAUAUCCUGAGGAAGGACAUGAACUCCUAAGGGUACCAACUGAGAUGUACUAUGUACCUUUGAAGGUGUCUCUUUUCUACUUGUUGAAUCCAUACACCGUUCUGUCUUGUGUGGCCAAAUCCACGUGUGUAAUUAACAAUGCCGUGAUCGCUCUUUUCAUCCUGGCAACUGUUAAAGGUAGCCGGUUACUAAGUGCUCUGUUUCUGUCGCUGGCAACCUACCAGUCUCUGUAUCCAGUCACCUUAUUGCCACCAGCGCUGCUCUACUUGCUUCAGAAGGAAUUUGUCCCAGUGAAGAUGAAGAGUACAGGCUUCUGGCUGUUCAGCUGCCAUUAUUGCUCUAUCUACCUGGGUUCUUUGUGUGUGCUGGUCUGUCAUUCUUUCUUCUUGCUCAACUCAUGGGAUUUUAUACCUUCUAUAUAUGGCUUUAUACUCUCUGUACCAGAUCUGACACCAAAUAUCGGCCUGUUUUGGUAUUUCUUCGCAGAGAUGUUUGAACACUUUAGUCUCUUCUUUGUGUGCAUCUUUCAGAUCAAUGUUUUCUUCUACACCCUGCCUCUCACUAUUAAGUUAAAGGAUCAUCCCAUGUUCCUGAUGUUCAUGCAGCUUGCUGUCAUCUCUAUCUUUAAGUCCUACCCUACUGUAGGUGACUUGGCUCUCUAUAUGGCCCUAAUACCUAUGUGGGCUCACUUGUCCAGGUUUCUGCGAAACGUCUUCAUUGCGUCCUGUAUGUUGAUCGUGUGCACGCUGCUAUUUCCAGUUCUUUGGCACCUGUGGAUUUAUGCCGGCAGUGCCAACUCAAAUUUUUAUUAUGCCAUUACGCUUUCAUUUAAUGUUGGCCAGAUUUUGCUGGUGUCUGAUUAUUUUUAUGCCUUUCUGCGGAGAGAAUACUGCCUCCACCAUGGCCUUUACCUCACCAAUGAGGAUGGAACUGAAGCCACUUUGGUCCUGAAGUAACUUUGUGGCCGGAACGAUUGUCGCAAAAGAAGGGACUGUGUAUGACGGGUGCCUUUGAUAGGCCAGAGAGAGAGAGUAGGUUUUACUAUAAACCAGUCUCUUUACGAGUCCUGCAUGGAGAUUGAAAAGGACUCUUUAUUAUGGCUCAUUCUGGUCCCAGGGUCUUUUAACUGGUUGCACCAUAUAACUGAUGAUCAGCUCUCCGUACAACAAUGUACACACUGUGCUAUAACCACCUUAGGGAGCACAAACUUUAAAGGCUCAUUGAGAAGAACUUGGGAAAGUAUUUUUUGGAAUCCAGCUUCCCUCUCCCGUUCUGCCAUCUACUUGAUACCACUACACCGUGCAGAAUGUUUUCCAAAAAAGGCCUGCAGUGUUAAAGUCAUAUUAGUGGUGACUUUUUACAUAGGGGAUGUGUGUGAGAACUUCGACAUUCAAGUGACCGGCCGGUGCCUCCCUUCUACCCACACUCCGUUUUGGGGUUUUUUUGCCACAAAAUUGGGGUGAACAUACAUCUUUGCACUAAUCUCUCCCUAUCAAGAAGUGUUUUAUCGAACGAUCAACUGUCUUUUGGAUAAAGCUCAUAAAUUUGCAAUAAUGUAUAUGGACAGAUCUGAA